GUGUCAGUGAAAAUAUUGUGAAUAUUAUUUAGUAUAAUUAUCGUAUAUUAUCAAAAAUAUUGUUAAGAAUAUUAAUAAUAAAAGUCUGAAGUUUAUCAAGAAGUAUUUUCAUAAAUAUUACUGAGAAUAUAAACUCAUAAAUGACAAGUAUUGUAAAUUCAGUUGGCAAACUAACCUCAAAAUUUGACAGCUCAAAAUAAAACUGUCACAAAGUAUAAAUAAAUUUGUUGACAAUAAUUGUUUGGAGAUAAAAACUAUGUAAUUAUAUAUUAAAUAAAAUUAUAACCUAAAUAAAAAUGAAAUUUAAAUCUGAUAAUGAAAAUUGUUUCAUAAAUUAAUUGAAAUUGUAAUCAAUCUCAAAAUAAUCAUUAUAUAUUGUUAUCAAAUGUGAAAAAAAAUGAACAAUUAUAUUACCAAGUAAACAAUUCAGAAGUAGACAACCGUGUAUUGACAAUGAUAACAAAAAUCUCUGUAUAAUCAGCUGGUAUAAACCUUGACAACGUCGAUACAGUAAAGUUCUCGGUAAUAUAUAAAACCAAGUUGAAAUUCUCUGCUACUAAAGAGAAUUUUCUCUCUCUCGCGACUUUGGUUUUCACAUACUAUUCGAGCACCGUCUGCUGUGUGUGGUGAGGCAAAUGAUGACAGACUGAACCAUGGGAUUAAAGUGAAAAUCGCGUCGUCGAAGUGUAAUUGGGGCGUGUAUUGAUCAACAAUUAUUAAUUAUUUUAUUUAUUCACAAGUGAAUGUAAAUUAAAUGAUGAAAAUACAAAUGUGAUUGUGGUGUGUUACGGAUUAAAGUGCGUGCCGGCCCUUGACUUGUGUUGAAGAAGUUAAAGGCGGCCAUUUUUACCUCCGCGAUGCGGCAACGAUCCGCCAUUCCAAAGUCUACGGUGCCCUCGGGUGCAUCUGGCUCCGGAUCGACCUGGGUGCAUCCUUAUAUCGACCGCGACGAGAGGAGGUCGGUCGAGGUCGCGCCAAGAUGAAGCCUCAUGAAUCUCAUUGAGACGAGUACGUGCGUGCGUUUUUUUUUACGUGCGUACGUGCCGCGAAGUGCAGUGUUCGAUUGUCAUAAUAUCAAUAUAUAAUACAUAUAUAUAUAUAUAUAUAUGUAUGUAUAAUCGUCACUCCCAGUAAAAGGAAAAUAAAAAAAAAAAAAUAGUGUAAAGGAAAAAAAGAAUCGUGAGUGAAAAUUUAGUGGACAGUGUGUGAUUGGAUCGAUGUGUUCGCGAGUAGUGCAUUUUUCCCUAAAGGUGCUGAUUUGGUAUCAUUAAAAAGGAUCAUACGGGCAGGAGAAUUUGUUCUCUUUUAUUUUUUUUUAAUUUUUUUUUUGUCUUACCAACUUUAAGUUGGUUUUGAGUAGGGAUUUCAAAAAAAAAGAGGAUGGAGAUCGAGGCGAAGCAGAGAAAUCAAAGAAAUCGGCGACGCGAGCGAGCUCAGCGUAUGCUCGCGCAAAGGGAAAGCCUGGCAAGCGCGAAGCAACAGCAACAACAGCAGCAGCAGCAGAGGCAACGACCCGAUGAGGAGGACAGCCACAGUGGCGAGGACGAGGACCCCGGUGGCCUCGGUUUAGGACUCUCUAGGGGAAGUCAUCCAAGGGAUAACCAUCCGCGACCUCCCAGGCCACCACGGCCACCGAGGCCACGCAAAAAGUCCUCCCUUCAAGGUGCCUCACAAAAGGAGCCUCCAUUUGAAGAGGACAUUAUCGACGGUUUUGCCAUCCUCGCCUUCCGCACCUACGAGGAACUCGAGAGUGCAAUAAAACUAGCUGGUAAAAAUAAUGUCAAGAAACUUCAUUCAUUGUUGUCGAUAGUUGAUGAAAAACCAAAAGUGGAUAUCGGACAGAAUAAUCGACACAACGAGCAUCACAUCAAGAAUCAUUAUAAGCACAAUCAUUAUUCACACAAUUCCAUACUGCCACCCUCAACGCUCAACCAGGGCCUGGAUGCAGGAACAAGUGACGAUAGCGGAAGAGCGUCCGAACAGUUGCAUGGCCCUGGUGCAACAAGAGAUUGUCAGGAUGCAGACAGUUCCAGGGACCAUCUCAGCGAUGCAAGUAGUCAUUGCAGUUCGGGUAAAGGCUAUAUCUGUGAUAGCGAAGGAGAAGACGACAAGGGCUCUGAUGCUGAAUCGGUACUCUUUGAAUCUGCUACUCCACCGCCUCUUGCACGAAAAUACGAGUUGCCAUCUUCCUCGCCACACGUGCUGCCGCCAGCCAAUGGAGCAGGAGGAUCACCUCCAGACACUGGCGGACAAAUUUCUAAUCCUGCGACUGAUGCUCCAGCUCCAAUUCCUCCUCCUGUGCCUGCUUCUGCACCUGUUCCAACGGCACCGAGUCCUCCAAGUCCAACAUUACCGCCUCACAUAUCCCAACCACCUAUUACUAGUCCGCUGGCAGCGAAUCCUCGUGCAAUAGCUCCACAACAACCGCCAGCUUCGCCCGCUUUACCGCCCCCAUCACUGCCACAACAACCUCACACUACGAUACCUGCUUUACAUACGCCUAAUGUACCACACGUUUCAUCAAGCCACACAACUAGUCCUGCUGUUGCAAGUUUAGGUGUUACUCCAGCAGCUCCAUCAAACGGAGCGGCAACCACCAGCUAUCCACCGCCUCUGCCAAUGGCUGCUUAUCCACAAACACAGCCGUCUUAUCCACCUCUAUACACUCCUUACACUGCCCUUAAUCACAGUCCUUAUCUUCCACCCGCCGUACCAUCUCCCUCACAUUCAACGUCAUCGCGCACCGAUGUGAGGAGCAGCAGAGCUUCACCGUGCACAAAUUUAAUCAAACAAACAAUAACAAAUAAUGUGCCGAAUCAUAAUAACAAUAUUACCAAUAAUACUCCACUUAGUGCUGCCACAACCACGUGUGUUUCGACGAUAACAAAUACAGUUACCACCGCAAAUACAAUUGCACAUCGAGAUAUCGUGGCCUGUAGUUUAGCCGGAAGAAAUACCAACAAUUCACCACGUGGACAUAGUCCAAAUCGUGAACGAGAUAGUUACAGCAGCAACGUGAGCAGCUUAAGUCGUGGGAGUAUAACGCCUGUCAGUGUGCCAAACACAUCAUCUCCAGCAAAUUCUAGUCUACCUGCUUACUCCAAGGCUCAAGGGUGGAUCAGUAGCAGUUCGGCUCCACAAUUAUCGCCAGCAAUAAACACAUCGGUUCCGAGGCCAACUCCUCCACCUGUGCCACUUGGUUUACAUACGUUUCCACCGCCAAUGUUUGCAGCACCAUUGCCACCGCCAGUUUCAAAUGCGAGUCCACAUACUUCUAUGCCCUCGCUUCCACCACCUCCAGCAAAUCCAAAUCCAUUCUCAGCUGAAUCUCUUUUCCAAACAAGGGUGAAUCAUGUUGCAGGUCAAGCGGAUCUAUUGAGAAGAGAUCUCGAGAAUAGAUUUUUGGCUCCGCAAAAUCGAAAUAUUGGAGUUGAUGUUGGCAAUCUUGGACCACCGCUUUAUAUUCGAACAGAAAUGCAUCAUCAUCAACAUGAACACACUCAUGUUCAUCAACAUUCAUCGUCGUUAAUCCCACAGUCUGCACCUACAAGUCUUUAUCCUCCCUCAAUUGACAUUCCAAAAUUAGGAGCAGUUGAUUCACAAUUUUUUCGCGGAAGUCUCAAUCUCUCGGGAAUCUCAGGAUUCAAUGCUGGUCUCCUUCAUCCUGGUGGAGCUCCUCCUGGACCAUUUGUCGCGCAUAAUCAUCUCUCGUCAUUUCCUCCAAAGAUGCCCAAUCCAAAUGUACGAAACAAUCAAGAGUUUCGAGUGAAAGAAUUCUCGAACGUUGAAUUCGCAUUGCAGAAGACGGGAAAGUGGAAUGCGAUGCAUGCACGAAUAGCGUGGGAAAUUUAUCAUCAUCAACAAAAACAACGCGCUGAAGCAAAAGCAAAUAGUGUUGUUAGUACGAAAACAGAAUUACUUCGACCGCCGGGUCAUCUUUUCGCUGGUGGACCCACAGGUGGCCUUGGUCUCAAUCCACCAAUGUCACUUCCAAGUAAUAUGCCACAAACACAUCCAGCACCACCACAACCACAUCCUGUCGCCUUUCUGUCAUCUUCAUCUUCACAUUUAGGAAGUGGAAUGUCUCCAUUCGGUAGAUAUCCAUCGACGUUUGGUACAACAAAUCCCAAUUUUCCUGGAUUUUCCGGCUUUCCCUCAUCGAGAGAAAUGCCACCAUUGGGCGGACUUGGUUCCGUUCACGAUCCAUGGAGAGGAUUACAACGAGCUCCAUCUGGUUUUCCGCCAACGACCGUUUCAUGGGCGAUAAAACCAGAGAUGCCAACUAUCGACAGAAGGGCCGAAUUUGAAGAGCGUGAACGUGAGAGAGAACGCGAGAGGGAACGUGAACGUGAGCGUGAACGAGAACGCGAGCGCGAAAGAGUUAGACGCGAAAGGGAGAGAGAGGAGCAAAGGGAAAAGGAGAGAAGAGAACGUGAAAAAGAGGAGAAAAGAAAACAGGAAGCCGCCGAGAGGGAACGCGAGAGACGAGAAAAAGAGAGACGCGAAAUGGAAAGGAGAGAAAUGGAACGUGAGAGAUUGAUGAUGAAAAAUCGUCAACACAUGGUCGUUGGUCGUGAACGAUCGCCAAUUAGAAAUGGAUCAGCGUCAAUUGACACGGGUGAAAUUCGAGUCAAGGAAGAACCAAGGAGUAAGGAUGAUGAUGUUGUUAUGCUCCCAAGGCCACCACCAGUUGGACCUGGGCCUGGAGCUGGACCUGGUCCAGGACCCAAUCAGCUUCCCGAUCCUAGGUAUCAUCAUUCUCAUCCUCAUCCUUAUCUCGCGAGGCAUCCGCACAGUGUUCCAGCGCCGCAUACAAUGUCGCGUAGCAUGUUACAAACACUUGGCGGUCAUCCAAUGCAACCAUUCCCACCGCCUCCGCCACCAUCGGGUCCAACAACACAACCUGGUGGACCAUGGCCUGGUGAUCCAUUCCGCGAUCCAUAUAGAUAUGAUCCAUUGCAACAGCUUCGUUAUAAUCCAAUGAUGGCUGCAUUUCGUGCCGAGGAAGAGGAACGUGCAAAAUUAUACGCGGCAUAUCCACCGCCACCGGUGAAUGCAUUACGCGUUAAGGAUCCAAAUCCUGGACCAUUGAGUAAUCUUCAUAUGCAUCAUAGAGCUGGACCUGGACCAGGAGUUCCCGGUGUAUUAGGCAGACAACUUGAUCCAUCGCUUAUGCAUCCAGCGGAAAUUCACAAAAAAGAAGACAAUUCCCAGUCUCGAUGAUACAUUGUCCCUGUAACUUUCCCAUCAUCGUCUUAAGGAGCGCGAUAUUCUUCGCAAAAAACAAAAAAAAAAAAUUUUCGAGAGACACUUGCAAUGUUCUCGACAAAAUUGAUAUAUUUUUUUUCAUUUAGUAAAUUUUUUUUUUUUCUUUCGAUUAGUUUCCGUCUAUUACAAAGAAUGAUUUUUAAUUACUUUUCCCUUUAUCUCUAGUCACUUAAAUGGGAAUUUUUUUUUUUUACAAUUUAAUAAGUAAAAAUUUUAAUUUGACAAAUAUUUAAGUAUUUUUCUUUUUAAAACAAAAUGAAAUUGAUUACUUUUACAAUUUAAAUGUAGAAAAUAUUUUUUUUUUAAUUUUUAUACGAAAUUAAAAUAAUUUCACAUUGAAUUCUUCAAGACUGGAUGAAUCUAGUUACAACAAAUUUUUGAAUUCAAUUUUUUUUUAAAUAUGUAAUUUUUAAAUAAUUAGAUCAAUUAUGCAAUUUAAAAUUAUUAAUUCUCAAUUAAUAAUUGGACCAAUUUUUUUACAAUUUUAAAUUAUUAAUUGACAAUUAAUAAUUAAAUCCUUAAAGAGAUAAAAUUAGGUUUGUAUUUAAUGAGUGUCAAACACUCAUUUGUGCUUUUAAAUUUUAGUUAAUAUUUAACUAGAUAGAAUUUUUUAAAUUAAAACUAAAAAUUCUUAUUAAAAGAAUUGUUAUUGCAAAUAUUAGCUGCCUUCUUAAUUUUUGUAUAUAUUUAUAUAUGUAAUUUUUCUAUAUACAAUUUAAAAUUAUUAAUUUUAUAUUAAUAGUUAGAUCAAUUUAAUUGACAUUCAUGUCAACAUUUAUCAAAAUAUCGUUCACUUGAAUUUUAUUCGACUUUUUUAAAAGUAAUUUUUCAAUUUAAAUUACAUUUUAGCGGAGACAAUUUUUUUAAAAAUCAAAUUUCCAUUAAAUUGUUCCAUUAAAAAAAAAAAAAGUAAAUAAAUAAAGUAAGUAAAUAAAGACGAUCUAUUGGAAAAUUGAAUGUAAAUUUCAAUUGAUUAAAAAUUUUCCGACAACACCUCAAGUGUCUCUCUCGUCGCGAAAUCGCCGAUAUUUUGGUAUAAUAGCGUUAUUUCAAAGAAAUUGUACAUAGAUUAUAUAUGCGAUAUUUAUAGAUAUUAAAUGAAAGAAAUGAGAACGUUUGUUACUACGAAGUAACGUGACUCGAAACGCAGUAUCGAGGAAUUUGACUGUCUGUCUAUAGCUAUAUAUACAUAUAUAUAUAUAUAAAUUAUAUAUAUAAACAUUAUUAUUCUAAACAAUGAUACUAUGCGUACAGCUAAAUAUCGUGUGUAAUAUUAUAAUUAUUGUAGAUUGCGAGUCGAUGCUACAAAAUGUAAAAGAAGACAAAAAAAAACAGCAAGUAAGCUAGUUAAAAAAAAAUGAAAGGAAAAAAAGAAAGCUAAACGGAUCUCUAGCGUUUACUAAACGAGAAAUUAUUUAAUUAUUUAUUUAUUUGUGACGUAUUAAUCGAAAUGAAAUCGAAUCUCUGUCAAACACGCAUGGAAUCACUGUCGAAGCGUUUCACUGAUUUGAACAAUGUAAUAUAAAAAAAAAAACAGCUAAUGAUAUUGUGUAAAUUUUCAUUUUAUCGCGGGUAGGACAAAAAAAAAAUGUUUAACGAAUAAGUUUUUAGACACGAAAGAAGCGAGCAAGUACCUCUGGCGACUGUACGCUUGUUAUUUAAAUUGAGAAAUAAGAAACAAAUUGCAAUUUUCUUUCGAUGCUGGAGACUAAAAACAAGAAAGAGAAUUAUUAUUAGUUAAACGAUGAAAAAAAAGGCACUCAGUACUUUCCUGUGAUAUACAUAGUAAAUGAUAUAUAGAAAAAUUAAAAAAAAAAAAAAAAAAUUGACUCUUUCGUCAUUAGAAUCCUUGUUUAUGGGGACGUAGCCAAUUUUUUUUUUUUUUUUGUAAAAAAGCAAUUAAGAGGCGAAGAUCUUAAUUUUUUUUAAAAAUGCGUUCUAAGAUAUUUUUUUUUAUUAUUAAUUAUGUGAGAAUUGCUUUCACAUUUUUAAAUAAAUUAUAAUUAUAAAAUGUUUCAUAAUAAAACUUUCAAAAUUUAAGCAAAUUUAUUUUUCAAUUUUGAAAGACUGAUUUUAAUUUAAAAAGUUGCUUCUUCAGUUUUGAAAAAUACUUGUUUUUUUUUUUAUUUUUAAUUACUCUUUUGAUUGCUUUCAAUAAAACGCUGUGUUAUUAAAUUUAGCAAAAAAUUUUUUUCACAAAAUGAGAGUAAUCUAUCUCUAUCUCUCUCUAUAUAUAUAAAUAUAUGUAAGAAAAAAGAUGUAUUUCUUUGUGCGCGAAAAAAAAAGUUUAAUUGGAAGCUUUAUAAUAAUAUUGUGCAAAAUACGAGGGAAACAUGAAAAUAAAAAGAAAAAACAAAUGCAAUUCUUUCGUAAGAGUCACGCAAGUAAGUUUGUUUGUGCCAAAGGGUGUUUGUGACAAAAGUCUUUGAAAAAAAAAAAAAAAUUAUGUGUCGUCAGGUACUUCUUGCACGAAUUUUCUUAUUUCGAUAUUUAUCAUUCCUCAUAAUAAAUCUCUUAUUUUUGCUCCACUAUAUGGAAACUGAGACGUCGAUUUUUUUUUCUCGUCCUCAAUUGUUUGGCAGACGUUUGCGUUUUUUGUUACCACGAAGUCAAUCAUGUAUUAAUUAAUUCAUCUAAUUAAUUUAAAAUCUUUAUUGCUCAAUUUUUUUUAAUAUAAAAAUUAAAAUAUCUGAAUUUAAUAAAUUGUUUUAAAUUUUCAAUAAAAAAAAAAUCAAUAUAAUUAAAAGUCAAUUAAUGUAUAAUUAAAUGGAUUAAUUAAUUUUCAAUGGAGGGGAAAAAAUGUCUUUUACGUGCCAUGGAGCCAGAACUGCGUUAUUUUUUUUUAAUCCGGGUCAUUUUCAUUUAAGUUUUACACACCUAUACCGUAAAUGAUUUGUAAAGUCACCGUAAAAAAAAAACAAAAAAAAAAAAAAAAAAAUUGUAUAUUAUUAUAUAAUUAUACACGCCUUGAAGAUUGUAGAUAUUUUUCAUCGAUGCAAAAUUAUUGCAAUGCAAAUGCAAUGGUUCUGUUUUUGUAGAUAUCGCGAGUAUAAAGGAAGUUUUGUGUGAAUAGGUUUUUUCUAAAAUCGAUUCUUUGUAAAAGGGUCUAAUAAUCAUAGUUUCUAUCAAAGUAAUUUUAAUUUGUUUUCAUUGUCACCUCAUUUCUUUUCCUUCAUUAAAAAAUAAUUAUUUCUAACAAACUUUUAUGAAUCAAAAUAAUGAUUUGAAAUUAAAUUUUUUUUUGAUACUUAAUAAUCAAAAGAAAAUAAUUGAUGUACUUAUUUUUUUUGUUUUUAAUUGCUUUUUAUACAAUUUUCACAGUUUUCAUACAUCUUUACUAUGUAACUUAGCUUUCUUUUUGUCAGUAAAAAAAUUCGAAAACUGAUUUUUUUUUCAGAGCCAGACAAAAUUGUAUCUAGAAUUAAAAAAAAGAUAAAUAUCUUUCUAGCUGUCCACUUACAAAAAAAAAAUACACACACAUUUCCUAAUGAAUUCAAAAACAUUCUACUUAUUUUUCUUUCACAAUACGCGCAGACGACGAAAAGUCAAAGCACUUCAUUUUGUUGAUUUUUUUUUUUUUUUAGCAAAUCACUCACUCGGUCCCUCGAGCUUUUUACCAAAGUUAAUAUUUAUUUUGUAUAUAAACGAGCAUAUGUAUAAAAAACUGCAAGACAAUCAUCAUACAUACUCGUCCAACCUGGAAUAAUAAUUUUUUUUUCUUCUUUUUUUCAUAAUCGCUAAUAGAAAAAACAAAUAAGACAAUCAAAAAUAAAUUGGAAAUUGCAAUAUAUUAAUGAAAAGUGUUUACAAUUAUUUCAUUGAUACUCGAAACAAAUUCAUUUAACUGAAUGUUUCUUGGUAUCAAUGAAAAAAAAAAUUGAUACGAAUAUUAAAAAAUUCUUUUUUGCUCUUUUUCUCUUCCUUUCUCUCUAUCUCUUUCAUUUUCUCUCAUUACACUCAUUCUAAAUAAGCUUAUCCAAUAGGAUUAACGAUUGAGUGAGGGUUUGUUGUUGUUGAUUUUUUUUUUUUUUUUUUUUUUGUGGAUAUAAUU